AUGGAUUUGGACAAGUGCAAGUAUAACGGUGCAGACAGUCGGUGCAUCGACCAGAUAACCAGCUUGCUGUACAAGAUAAAGGACCCGGUGCAUUUGUCCAACGUACACGAUUGGGUGAUGAAAUUGACGACGGGUGAGCCGAGCAACUCCAAGACAGACUAUUUGAGAUUGCUCGAGUAUGCGUUGAAAAGUGACGACGGCAAAGGCCUCCGAGAACCGUUCACCAGCCCUCCGCUGGACAGACUGCUGGCCGACCCGAAGAGCACGUCGUCUCUGGUCGACUCAGUGGCCGCGUGUGUCGGAGGUGACAAGUGGAGGACCUCGGCCGGCGGUGGUUGCUGUGACGUUGACACGUCAACGGUAAAUCUAUCGACGACGGCUGCAGAGGAACCGCCCGCUGCCUCCGCCGCCUUGACCGAUUUGCUGUGCCGAACAGACUGCAAGACGACGUCCGUGCAGAAGUUUGUGGCGGCCACGAGCCCGUUGACUUGUGACGGCUCUAGGCUGUUGAGCCGCGUGGCCGGCGAGUGCCUGGAAAAUUUUGGCCGGACGGCCGGGGCCGUUUUCGACGAACGGACGCAAAAGUUGUGCGACGCACUGGCCAAGGAACAGGUUGCCCUGUUGCUCCGGUACCGGACCACUGCGCAGCGGAUGCUCACCCGCGCACAGAUACUCCAGGAUCACGUGCGCGAGCUGAUGCCGACGUUUCAGUACGAGGAGUUCUUGAAAGGGCCCGACGAGCACGUGACCGAGGUGUUGCUGGCCAAGAAGACGGGAAACGGACUAGAACCGGAUACAGCGCCUUCAACGAACGGGGACGGCGACGACGCCGCGAUGCAACAGAAGAAAUUGAUGUGCGCGCUCCAGUGGUUGCGGUCCGAAGUGGAGAGAGCUGACUGUGAGAACAUUACGCUCGUCGAACGGUAUGACGCCGUCGUGGCGGCCAUCGUUGUGGCCAGCAAUAAAAAGAUCGCCAACGAGUGCCGGGCUAAAGCUCGAAAGCUCGAAGUACAAACCGAACUGAGCGAGGUUCGAAAAAAGUCCGCAAAGCAAGAGGCGUUGAUUGACUGCUACAUUGGAAAAAUGAGUUUGUAA